UAUAUUGUGCUCCAGUCCUCCCGCGUAAGAGCGGUGUUAUCCCGUGACUCAGUAUGUGAGGUUUUCCCGGGAUCGUACGGCAGCGGUCUUUGAAUGACGGUCAGAAAGGGGCUCCAUCUCCAAUUACCUGAGAACCCCAGUUACCACGUGUACAUGUUUGCUGCAACGCCGCGUUUAGAAGAAACAGGGAGAAUCGAUACCGGGGGGUGGGGAAUCGAAACCUGUGCGGAGCUGGAACUCGUCAGGAAGUGGGGCUGAGCUGGAGCCGUCGAGAGUUCUCUGACUCUCUCGGUUUUAAAGCGGACGGCACGAAUUUUGCCGCAGGGUUUAAUUCCGGUUUCACAGGACGAAGGACUGAUUGCUGAACGAGAACAGAGUGACAGAUCUCGGGAAGUUAAAGGUGUCAGAGGACCUCGUCAGUUUCCGGUCCGGGAGCGUGAUCUCGAAUGGAAGUACCAGAGUUGAGCUGAAAAGGUCCUCUGGGUUUGCGAUCGGGAGGGAACGACUGAGCUGCAAUGGGGGCGAGUCAGGACAAGGCUCCCGAGCCUGCAAGCCCUGCAGCCGGGCACAGCGUUCAAUCUUCACACAUCCGUCCCGGUGAACAAGUGCGUAUUCCGGGCCCUGACCCGCGGCGCGGAUAUUAUUAUUACGCGGUGGCCGGCACCAGAGACCCCGUUCAGAGCCCUGCUACGAGUGUGCGGCAUCGGCCCGCAGGAACUGCUCCUCCAGAAAUUACUGCUUUUACCAGGAGCGCUACCAUGAGCAGCCCUCAAAACAUUGUCCAUGUUGCAGACCGAAGCUCUGCAUUUGCUGCCCUCAUGGCGAACUGGGACGACUUCAGGUUAUUCCAGCUGACGACAUCUUACCGGGACAGGCUACAGCCUGCGGUGGAAGGAGUGGUGCACAAUGUCAGCUUGGCACUGAAGACUGAGGACCAGUUCAGUACACUCGAACAGCAGACGGUCAACAACCUCUCCGAACAGGGCUACAGAGCGGAGAGUUCUGAGCUACUCCUGAACCUGGUGAUGGAGAAAGGGUCUCGGGCCCAGAGGGUGAUGUGGGAGUGCUUUUCGAAGCUCCGGAAUCGGGAUCCAAAGUUGGUCAAAAUACUGGAAGAAAUAUGGGAGCUAGGUCCCACACCUUAUGCUAAUUGGGAUUUGACCAAGGGUGCGCUCGACUUUCCCACUGAGCUCACAGGUGCACAGCAGAGGCACAAAGAAACGCUCCGGACUGUGAACGCAAAGGUGAACGCCACCAUAAUCCUCAGGAAUGGCGGCGUGAAGGUUUUCCAGCUGGCCGAUCGAUUCGCCGAGUUCACGGUCAUUUCUACACCUCGGCCCCGGAGGCUCGCAGAGCACGAGCUGCUGGCAAGGGGCCAGGAGCUCGAGCAGCUCACUGACAGGCAGAUCCCCGGCGAGCUGCUGAAGAUACGGGUGGACCAGUUGUUCACGAGUGGAGAUCCUCUCGGCAAUUCCCAGUCCGGCAAGUCAGCGGCGUUGGCUGGAGCCUCCGGGAUCGGGAAGACUACAGUAGUGCAGAAGUUUGUUUUGGACUGGGCGUCGGGGAGAAUGUGCCAACACUUCCAAUUCAUCUUCAGUUUCAAAUUCCGGGAUUUAAAUUCAAUUAACUGCGCCAUAUGUCUGAGGGAACUGCUUCUGGAUCAUUAUCCGUAUUUGAGGAAUGUUCUUGUGGAACUCUGGAGGAACGCUGCGAGAUUGCUGUUUAUAUUUGAUGGUUUUGAUGAGUUCAAGGACAGAAUCGAUUUUGCCGACAGACAGGGAGACGCAGAGCCUCAGCACGUGUGCACAGAUCCUAAAUUCCGGUGUAAUGUAUCUGACAUUGUGUACAGUUUAAUCCAGCACAAGCUGCUCCCAGGGUGUUCAGUGCUGGUGACCUCCCGCCCCACUGAGUUACAUUUACUGGAAAAGGCGGGCAUCAGUGUCCGGGCUGAAAUCCUGGGAUUUGUUGGUGAGGAGCGGAAGGAGUAUUUCAGUAGGCAUUUUGAAGAUCAGGCUGUGGCAGCAGCUGUUUUCAAACACGUGCAAGAGAAUGAGAUCCUGUACACCAUGAGCUACAACCCCUCCUACUGUAAGUUCCUCGCUCUGGCACUGGGCCCCUUCUUUGCACAACCAGACAGGGACCCGCAGCAGGCUCCCAAGACCAUCACCCAACUGUAUUCCCACUACAUUUCCAACAUCCUGAAAAAGCACGGCCGUGAGAUCGAGAGCCCCCGUGAUGUGCUGCUGCGGGUGGGACAGAUGGCCUUCAGAGGAUUGGCCGAGAGGGAAUUUGCUUUUACAGACGGAGAUCUGUUCAGGCACAGUCUGCAGUUCUCCCAGUUCCUCUCAGGUUUCCUGAGGGAGCUGCUGGAGAGAGAGGGCACCCGCAAUGUGAUGUACAUGUUCCCCCACCUGACCAUCCAGGAGUUUGUUGCAGCCCUCGCGCACUUCCUGACCUCAGACCCUGUCGUCCUGCUGGAGCACCUCGCCGAAGCCCGGCGCACGGCAGACGGGCGAUACGAAGUGUUUCUCCGAUUUGUGGCUGGUCUUGCCUCCGCCGAGUCAGCUGGGCCCCUGCAGGAGCUCCUGGGCGCCUUUCCCAACCAGACGACCUCCCAGGUGACCGACUGGGUGAAGGAGGAGGUGGCACGUCGGAUUUCCAGCACGGCGAGUGAAGACGGCAAGAGAGGCCUCCUGAAGGCAUUGCACUACCUGUUUGAGUCUCAGGACGGCCAGCUGGCUCAGUGCACCUUGGGAUCCGCGGAGGCGCUCUCUCUUCGAAGACUGCGGCUGACUCGGAGCGACUGCGCCGUCCUAUCUCACGCCAUCGGCCACUGUGAUGCCGUGAAGCACCUCGAUCUUCGGAGCUGCAGCAUUCAGCGUGAAACACUCAAGCUACUGGCGCCCGGGCUGCACAGAUGUCAGGAGUUGGGGCUUGGGAACAAUCAGCUGGGAGACUCAGGAAUGAAACUUGUGGCUGCAGCUCUGAGCAACGUGGACUGUAAAAUAGAGAAACUGCGGCUCUAUAAUAACGGACUGCAGCCUUUUUGCGCCAGCGAUUUCGCUGGUGCUCUCAGUACGAACCGCUCCCUGACAGAGCUGGAUCUGGCAUACAACAACCUGGGAGAUUCGGGGGUGAAGCAGGUGUCCGUGGUCCUGAGGAACCCGAACUGUAAAAUACAGAGACUGCGCCUGGAUGGUGUCAAUCUCACGGAUUCUUGCACAGAGUAUCUCACCUCUGCUCUCAGUGCAAACUAUACAUUGAGGGAGCUUAAACUGAAUUCGAACUGCUUGACGGACCGGUCAGUCCCUGCUCUCCAUCGCCUCAUUCUGAACCAUCAGAAUCUGAAAAGUCUUGGGCUGCAAUGGAAUCUGUUCAGCAAGGAUGGAGAGAAUCAAUUGAUAUCGUUGCGGGAAUUGGUGCCCAAGUUCAUCAUUACAAUAUAAGCACUUUACUAUGAAGAGCAAUGCCCCAUGGAUAUGAAUGUAUUUAUUUGUUUUAAAAGGACGCCCCAGAGUUUGAGACAGAUUAGCCAUUCCUGGUUAUGCAACCAAUGACACCAGGCAGUCUCUGAACAGCAUUGAUAGUGGCUUAUAAAGAUCUUGCCCGGAAGAAGGCAAUAGCAAACCACUAUUUAGAAAAAAGUUGCCAAGAACAAUCAUGGCCAAGGACCAUGUUCGCCUCUGUCAUCUGACUCGGUACAUUCUGCUGAUGAACCCUCCUGCUACCAACUGGAACUGAGGGAGAGCGCCCUCUGUCGGUGAACUCAUAGGUACUGUUCUGGAAUCAAGUUAAUUUUGCUGGCAUGUACCACUUCUUGCGAAAGGACCCCAGUGUUUGCUCUCAGCCAUGGAAUAUAGGGAUUCAUCAAAUCCUCCCACUGCCUUGACCAAAGAAAAUACUUAAUGGAGCUGCUUCACACUGGGCUUGUGUGCAGCAUUCAGAAAGAGGGGAGUGUUUGCAGGAAGAUAGUCACACGCUAUGCAUCAAGGUAGCUUACUGAUUAGAGAGACUCUAUUAUUGCUUGGGGUGUCGGAGCUCACCAUCGACACUGCUUGUCAGAAACUUGGAUGCCCUUCAUGCGAGUUCAUGGGACCCUGCCCACCAUCCAAUCACAAGCCAGUUAGAACAGGGGUUUCCAAUUUUUUUUUCCGCCAAGGGACCAAUAAGCACGGGGUCCAGGGAGCCCCGUUGGAAAGCCCCGGGGUGGAAGGUUAAUUGGUUGCUGUAAGUUGUCCUUCGAUCAGACUAGUGUCCCAACAGGUACGUUGCUGGGCAGUGUGGCCUUCGGGCCUGUUCUGUGCUGUAACUAAAUAAAUAAAUAACUACAUGUGUUUGCACUGUCAACAUAUCUCACAAUACCAGAAGUUGUGGAGGCAUAAGAGUUAAUUGGGAGCCCAAAAGCUACAUUCCCAUCAGUGGUCAAGGCCUAUUGAAUAACCCAUAAUCUAGUUGUCUAGUUGUCUAGUUGUCUUCCACCUUAUAGACUCUAUUUGUUUAUUUUCUUGUAUACUCAAUGGAAGAAUUGAAUAUCGAUGUUUGCACUUAAGUGCAAGCAAUGUGAUCGGUUAUUAUUCUGCACUACCCCUGAGUAAAUGGUCCUCCCAAAAGCUCCAACAAGAGAAAAUCUGCAGAUGUUUGGAAAUCCAAAGCAACAUGCACAAAAUACAGGCUGCAUUGACGGAAAAGAGUACGCAGUCAAUAUUUCGGGCUGAAAUCCUGCCGAAACGUCGACUGUACUCUUUUCCAUAGAUGCUGCCUGGCCUGCUGAGAUCUUCAGAGCAGCUCAUUGGGAGCCAGACUGCCAACAGUUAAAAGCCAUGCACGAGUUGCCUAUCACCUUACAAUCAUUCUUCCAUUUUAUUGUGCAAGUAACACAGUCAUUAUAUAAAAAUGUUUGAUCUGCCUCAUGAGGCAAUCAAGAUUAAUGUAUUCUAAUGUUUAUUUCUGAUCACUUAAUUGCACUAUUAAACUCGUGCCUAUGGUGGAGGA